AUGCAACAACCCUCUCUUUCACAAAGUCCUUUUCAUGCUCACUCCAAUACAUCCACUUCCAAAACCAAUAUUGCCAUCAUUGGAGUGUGUGAGCAUCGAAUUCAUUGCAUUAUCGGAGUGAAUCCCAAUGAGAGAAUACAAUCUCAGGAUAUUCUUGUAGAUAUUGAAGUAGAAUUUGAUAUUACUCAAGCAGCUCUCUCCGAUUCUGUAAAUGAUACUCUGAGUUAUGUGGAUUUGAGAGAUUUAUCAACGGAAUUAGCGACGACAAGACAAUAUCAAUUAUUGGAAACGUUUUGUGUAGAAUUUGUAAAUCGGGUGGAGAAGGAUUUUGGUCCGAAGGGAGCUCUCAGUUGUUUCAUUCAAAUUAAAAAACCACAAGUGAUGAGCACGACCAAAUAUCCCUAUGUGUCAUUAAGAAGAAGCUUUAAAUGA